CGUUUGGUCUGUGUGUGUGGCGGAGCAGGGGCCGCCUCCCCCUCGCGGAGCCGUUGGGCCGCCCGCGCCCCGGCCGCCGGCAGCGCCAUGGGGCUGCGGAGGAAGAACAAGAGCCCGGCCGUGCUGAGCCAUGAGUUCGUCACGCAGAACCACGCGGACGCCGUGUCCUGCCUGGCUAUGGGCCUCCUGCUGGGGCUCAUGUUCGAGGUCACAGCCAAGUAUGUCAUCAUCUUUAUUACUGUGCAGUACAAUGUUACCUAUGCUACUGAUGAUAAGAGUGAACUUGUUCAUUUCUAUGAGUAUGGUCCAAAAGAUAUUGCCACUAUCUUCUUCUACAUGCUAAUUGCCAUUAUUCUUCAUGCUGUGAUCCAAGAAUACAUACUAGAUAAAAUUAACAGACGUCUCCAUCUGUCAAAAACAAAGCACAGCAAAUUCAAUGAAUCGGGACAGCUAGCAUUUUUCUAUUUGUUUUCAUUUACCUGGGGAGCAAGUAUUUUGACUGCAGAGGAAUUCAUGACAAACCCUACUUUGCUGUGGAAAGAAUAUCCCCAUUCUCGCAUGCUUUUUCAGGUAAAAUUCUUCUAUAUCUGCCAGAUUGCCUAUUGGCUUCAUGCACUGCCAGAAUUGUAUUUCCAGAAGAUUAGAAAGGAAGAUAUUCCAAGACAGCUGUAUUAUAUCUGUCUUUACAUUGCUCACAUAUCUGGUGCCUAUGUAUUAAACCUGCAACGUUUGGGGCUAAUUUUACUUGUACCUCAUUAUUUAGUGGAACUGAUCUUUCACGCCUCUCGUCUUUUCUACUUCAGUGAUGAAAACAAGCAGAAAGGAUUUACCCUUUGGGCUUUACUGUUUGUAAUGACUCGUCUUCUAACGCUAACUUUAUCUGUCCUCACAUUUGGAUUUGGUCUGGCAAGAGUAGAGAAUCCAGUUUUUUCCAUAGUAGAUGGAAACUUCAAUGUACUCACUGUGAGGAUUAGCUGUUUGGCUGCAGUUUGUUUAACACAGGCCUGGAUGAUGUGGAAAUUUAUAAAUUUCCAGCUAAAAAAAUGGAGAGAGCAUACCCGGAACCAAAUUCCUAGGAGAAAAAUAAAUAACAUGAAGAGCAAGCCAACAAAAAAGGAAACAAACAGAGCUAAUGUGGUCAAUGGAGCAGUAAAAUUAGAAGAUGGAGCAUCACCCAGAACAAGAAAAUCAAAAGCAUUAUGAAACGGAAGCUAAUGUUAGAAGACGAAGUGUUGACAGAAGACUGAUUAAAAAUAUAUUCUAUCACUGCAAAAUCAUUGACUUUUAUUUGGCUGUCUUGCAAUAUUAAAUGGACACUGCCAGGCUCUAAUAUUUUGAACGCAUUUAUUUUGUUUAUUAAUACACAACUCAUAUUUUGAAAACAGAAUGAAUAAAAACAGACAAGUCAGUUGCACUUUGCAGCAUUGUGCUAGUAGCUUACAAGAGCUAGAAAGUUUGAGGUAUUUAUUAAAUUCUAAAAAGAUUCUUAUAAAAAUAAGGUUAGUGUUUCCAAUCUACAUUUUGGGUUAAAAAGAUCUGACCAUGUCUAUCUGAAGUCUGUUUUUUGCAUAACAGACUUCUUUUUUAUUAUUAUAUUCUUCUCAGCUGGAAUAAGAAAUGGUAUGUCUGAAAUGCAUCUAGCAUGGCAAAAAUAAAAGAUGUUUACCAUUUCCUUUCAAAGGUUAUAUAACACUUGACUUAAAAAACAGGUUCAUAAAGUCCAGAUAUCAAUUAUUUCGUCUUACAUUAAAAGUGAUUGUGAUAUGUAAUAGAGGCACAGAAUAGUGGCUGCAUUUACCUUGCAAAAUUGCGAUUUUGAAAUGGGUAGUAAGGUUUUAUAUGGAAAAGAGUUGUCAGUCAAACAAUAAAGAUGAAAGCUUUGUUUCAUUCAUGUAAAUUGCAAAACACCCAUGGAUUUCAGUAGGGAUAAAAUCCUAGACCCGUGUCCAAAUAUUAGAGAAUUUUCCCCUUUCUUUAUUGUAACUGACCUGUUUUGAAAGUUACUGAUGACUCAUGAAUUUUAUCAGUCAGCUUUAGAAAGCAUACUUUCUGUAGGUGAAAUUGUACAUAGUUGCUGAACUACUAUGGUAGUGACUCCAUUAAAACAUCUGUUGGAAAUAGGUUUCAUAAUAUUUAAACAUCUGAGUUAGGCAAAUACUUUUUUUGGUUUCAGAUUCAAGUUUUAUGCCUUCACAAAGCUAUUAGGAAGCUUCUUACCUAAAUAGUCCAUUUGAGAUGCAAUUCAGUUAAAAGUCAGUAGACCUUUUUGUAAAGUCUUCUCAGAAGUAAUAUGGUUAGAUGCUCAUUUAAUUAACUGGUUUAGUAAAUACUGCAUUAUAGGCCUCUGAUCACCAAACAAUGCCAUCUGAUUUUGCCUGGCUUCUUGUAUUACUUGCCAUCUUUUCAGCCAAUGAAUCUUGCUUUUCCAGCAAGCACAUCAGGUGUUCAGGAAAUAACUGACUUAUAAUAUGUUUGGGCACAUAAUAUACCAGAAAUGUGCAUUUAAUGGCAUUGCCACACAUUCUGAAGUGUCUGUGGUUAAUUUUUUGGGUUAAAAAAACUUUACCAUUCCUUAAGUGUUUAUCUCUCAAAAUAAUGUAUAGACAACUUUUUUUUUCAGAGAAUAGAUACUUAAAUGGUAUUCAUAUUAAGCUUUUUCUUUAAUGCCAUUUCUUUUCUCCCUCACUGGCUGCUCAGGUGCUUUCUUCCCUUCUAGCCUGUGUCUUUCUUCCCUUCAAGCAGUGUGGAAGUGUGAUGGGGGGAUUGUUUUUGCAAGGGUUUGGUUUUUUUGUUUUUGUUUUUUAAAUAAAGUGAAGCAAGUGGGACUGUUGGGGAGCCACUUGUACAAGCUCCAGUUGUAUCAGUCUACUUACUCUCCAUUAAAUUGGCUGUAGGCCAUGAAAUCACAUCCAGUAGAAAUACUUUUUGGAUGCUACCCACCCAGGUUAAACUUGAAAAAUAUACUGGCCACCCAUAUUUCAAACGUAAUGUUCAGAGCACUUUACAAGUGUAAAUCUUCCUAACCCUUUUGUAAGGUUAUGAGGUAAUAGUAGGUUUCCUAAUUCCUGGUUGUAUGAAGAAAUUGCACCAGAAUCCUGACCACAAUUCUGUGAAAAACAAGUGACAGAGACUAAAGGUUCUGUAUCAUUACCAAUUCCUGGAACCGCUGGAUCUCUCAAUCUUAGAUAUUGCCAUACUGAUCUAAGCACUUGUUUGACUAUGAUAAAACUACUGCUAUUUUUGUAAGUAACCUUCUUAGUCAUGUGUGACUAGUAUCUAAACGCUAUUUAAAAUCUGUGACCCCAUUUUCUACUUUGCCAUAAUUGUUCCUGUGUGCAAAUAGAUUGUAGAAGUAUUGCGUAUGACUUCACAUAAACUUGUACAUUUCUACUGAAAAUGUUUACCAUGGAACUAGAAUAUAUAUAUAUUUUUAAUGAUUUUAAUAAACUUAUUUGUAUAAUCA